CACACGUCAGGGCACUGGGAGUGAAGCCAGGCAAGCCUCGGCGCCCUGCUGACGUGGAUUUGGCAAAGUUCAGAGCAGCUGCACAUCCUGGGACAGCCAUCUGUCCUGCCACAGAACCACCAAGGCGUGCUCAGCUGGGGAUGAGGAUGAGAUAUACGAUGAUGUUGAGCCUGCUGGGCUGGCCAGGAGAAGCCCAGGCCUUCUGCUGCCUUCUGGAUCCCAGCUGCCCGUGUAUCCCUGCCCCAGAGGAGGUGGAAAUGCUGGCCGAGCCUCUAACAGGGUUACCUUGCUGGCACCUACACAGAGAGAAUCCCAGGUCUCCCACAAGAUGAACACCAUGACACUCAGGGCAUGCAAGAAGGAGGAGAAGAUGGACAGGGAAUUUCAGAAGAAAUUCAAGUUCGAAGGCAGCAUCAGUGUCCUCACUCGGAUGAUGGUCGAUCCCGCAGCAAAAGAGAAGAGGGGCGGAGCGAAGAACCUGCCAGUGAGACGGGGAGAAAUCCUUGAUGUCAUUCAGUUCACAAAUCAGGAGCAAAUCCUCUGCCGGAACAGCCAGAGGAGGUAUGGCUACGUGCCCCGGGCUGUGAUGCUGCCUCUGGACAGUGACAUCUAUGAUGAUGUUGAGAUUAAUGGUAGGUGCACAGAACUGCUGCCAUACCCCUUCACUGGCCACAGUGACCACCACACCAGCAUCAGGAUUCCCCUCCUCCUGACCCUUUGCUGUUUUGCUGCCUUCCCUCUCUCCUUUCUGUCUGUGUGAUUCCUCUUCCUCUCCCUGAGGUAUUCUUUAUUUACUCACAGUUCCCUAAAAGUCUUCUUGUUCCUCUGUUCCCAAUUACUUGGACUUCCUUGCACCCUGUUCUCAGCUUGCUCCCUCCACUUGCUGCCAGCCCCAGGCCCUUCAAUGUCCUUUGAGGUGAU